AUGUCUUUUGUAGUAACAAAACAAGAAGGCAACUCUUCUCCACUCGGAAGUCCUACUUAUUCUGAUAGUGAUGAUGAAAAAGAUUAUGAAAGUAACGGAAUAAAUCAAAAAUUCCCCAGACUUCCUUCUACUCGAAAACUUCUUGCUGGUGGACCCCUUAUUUCAAAACCCCACUAUCUUCGAGAAUGCCUUGAUGGAAUGCUACUUUCCAGCGUUGAUGAUAAUACAACUGUGAUCUCUUGUAUACUUUCGGCUGGAAGUCUCAUUCGCUCACAUCCAUUCGCCUCUAAAGAAUUAGCAAUCGAAUUCGCGAGUGCCUUGAUUCACUCAGAAAUGCCUCCAUCGCCUGAUGAUACUAAAGUCGUAGCGGCAAAACAUGAUGCUUUAGUAGCAAUUGGUACAGUUGCUCCAGCCAAGGUGGCACCCUAUUUGACUGGAUUGUUGGUCGAUGACGUGAACUGCCGAAAUAAUCUCAGUUCUCAGCUUUCUUUCGCCCAAAAAUCCAAUAUACUUUCUGCUAUCACUGAUAUUUCUUGCUGUCUGGCUGCUGAUUCACCUAAUAAGACUUUAAUGACCAGGGCUACUCAAGAAAAGUUGAAUAAUAUAACGAAUAAUGAAGAAGAUAAUUUAAAAACGAAAAGGCUCAUAUAUCAUCGAAAUGACUUUACUCGUUACGCAGGAAUUUUUUUCUUUCCUCUUGCAAGUCUUGUUCCUACCUUAGCAGAUCGACUCGCGUCUGGUACAGCGUUCUUUCAUCAAGACGAUGCGUUGCUGGCUCGUCUGGUCGCUACAAUGGCCACUAUAUAUGCUUGCUGUGGUUAUGAUUCGAUACUUCCUUCCAUGGCCAAAUGUAUGAUCGAAGUAGUCUCUGGUCUUCGCUCUCACCCUGAGCCAGCAGUUCGGCGCUCUUGCCUUACGUCGCUGGGUACAGUAUUGACUACCACACCUAGCAUUUAUCUUGACGAUCUUCUCAUCUCUUUUACUCAAUUGCCUCAGCCUCUCAUACGACCUCAUUUGGUACAGGUCUUGCCUGAUGUUGACAUUUCUCAAUUAAGUGUAUGUGGUUCUAUGCAUUCUCAACUUUCUCCAAUGACUAGCUCUUCAUUAUCUCAAAUAAGUAAAGAAAUGAAUUUAUUUCAGUGGCUAGAAUCAUCUGUUCGUUAUGAAGAUGAUUCAGAAUGUAAGAUUCUCUCUUCUGCUUGUCUCAGUAUACUUGUCGGCAAAUUUUCUAAUCUCUAG